UAACUGUGAAUUUUGAACGACGUCAACUGGCAUUCGCUUCAGUUUAUGCCGAAACGGAUGAUGCAGUUGUUAUGUCUGAAUGUGUGAUCGAACCUGGCUAAUGUGGAGCAUACGUGAGUUGAGAUUUCCUUAGCUGAACAGCCUCCCACACAGCACGAGGAGAUACUUUCGCAUAGCACAGCUCGAAGGGAUUCCCGAGACAACGAGGUAAUCUGUUGGAUGAAUUGGAAACGGCCAGUCCCACUGGAGCGCAGAACUUCACUAGAGAACUCCCGCGUUUUUCUUCGUGCAACGAAGUUCGUGUAAAGAUGCUAGCUUUUCACGUCGCUGAAAAUACAAGAUGAUAGUGAGGAUUGGUCACAGGAAUUAGCACAGAUUCGCACACAAGCUGACAGUUUGUCUUUCAACUGCCAAUUCUUCGUUUUGGCGACGAGGUUGACAAUUUUCCUGGGAUCAGACGAACAAUAACAGGUAUUGGAGUUACAUCAUACACAAAAAAUGGCACCUCCAAAAGUAAUGUUAAAGCAAAAUAGAGCACAGAAUAAUACUGUCACAAUUUUGAAAAGAGGAAUGACAACAAGAAGUCAGAAUCAGAAUCCUACAUUGAAUGUGUUGAACAAACCGAAUAUAGUAGUUAGAGAAACUCGUGGUAAACGAAAAGCGGAAGCUUCGCCAUCCAGAGACAAAAUGGCAAAAAGAACUGCCUUUGCUAAUAUUACUAAUGCUAUUGGAAAGACAUUGGGAGAACACAAUCGUGUUAACAAUCUAAUAAAUAAGGCAGUACCUCUUUCCAAAGUAGUCACAGAACAUAAUACAGAAAAACGCGUGGCAAAAGCUACUAUUAUAUUAAAAUCAAAACCAGCAUCUCGUGUCAAGCCUAGUGUUAAGAAAGGUGAAGAAAAGAAAGAAAAUGAGAAUAAUGCGGAUAUCUUCCCAAAAAGUGUAAAUAUCAGAUCAAGUUUAGACUCAGAGAAGUCAGAAAACUCCUUGUAUGUCAGUGCAUUGGAAGAUGUGACGGAAAGUGUAAAGAAUGGCUUUAAAUUUAUCAGUAAAUCAAUUAAAAAAAACCAGGUAAAUACGUGCGAAAAGGCAAUAGAAGGCAAGAAAAUCAUAGAGGUUGUAAAAAUUGAACCCAUAAUCGAAAGUAAAGAAGAGAAGGAAAACAUAUUGACAGGCGUCACCUUGUUAAAUGCCAUUCCCGACAUAAAACUGCCCGAAGGUGUGCUGUGGGAUUUUGAUGCUGAAAAUUGGCUAGAUCAUUUGCAAGUGUCGACGUACGCGGCAGACAUUUUCCAAUAUUUAAAAGGACGGGAAAGUUUAUUUGUCAUUGCGGACUACAUGGAAAGACAAGUGUGUCUUUCGCGGUGGAUGCGUGCUAUGUUGGUUGACUGGAUGGUCGAGGUGCAAGAGUCGUUCGAGCUUAAUCAUGAGACCUUGUAUUUGGCUGUAAAACUGGUCGAUCUGUACCUGACAAAAGUGACAGUUAGCAAGGAAACACUGCAAUUGUUGGGUGCCGCGAGUUUGUUCAUAGCGAGUAAAUACGACGAAAGAAUACCACCGAUAAUAAAUGAUUUUUUGUAUAUAUGUGAUGGUGCUUACGAGAAAAAGGAGCUCAUUAGGAUGGAGAUGAAUAUUUUGAAAAUAAUAAAUUUUGACUUGGGAGUACCUCUCUCUUACAGAUUCCUCCGACGUUACGCUAGGUGUGCCAAAGUAUCAAUGCCCACAUUAACUUUGGCCCGAUUCAUAUUGGAGUACUCGCUGAUGGAUUAUACGUUAAUAACGAUUAGUGACAGCAAGAUAGCUGCAGCCGCACUCUUAGUAGCGUUACAGACGAAAGAUCUAGGAGGAUGGACUCCAACGUUAGAGUAUUACAGUGGUUAUAUGUUAGACGACAUAAGGGAUAUUUGUAUUACUUUGAAUGAAGGCAUGCAUAAGAAGCAUAAAGAAGCUUUAGUGACCGUGCGCAACAAAUACAGUCAUAAGAUCUUCUUUGAAGUAGCAAAACUACCCUUAAAAGAAAAAUUGGAUUUAUAGAUAAUGCUUAAGUUAGUAUAAUAAAUGUAUACAGACAUAUGAUUCUGAUAUCUUUAUGUUCAUUGAUUCAAAAUAUUAAUAGAAAGCCAUACCAACUAUUGUUGGUUGAUUUUAACCUUUAGACUGCGAACGGUACACGUGUGUGCCUUGAAAAAAGUAUUCGCUGUGCGCGGAUAGUGCCUGAAAACAUUUGAUGCUCAAUUUUUAUUGCAUGUAGAUAGCGUCCGAUGUCAGCUGAAAUAACGCUAACUGCAUAUAGAAGCGAAGCUCCGCACACAACGAUUGACUUACUGCCAAGCAACUCGCAGUCUAAGGGUUAAUGAAAAUUAUAUCUAGUUAUAUAGUUUAUAGUUUUUAGCGUGCCAAUAAGGAUAUUAAAUCGUAUUAUACGUAGGACCCAAAUGACUAUGUGACAAAUCUCGGAUGAGUCUGAUUGAUCGCGAAGUCUCAAAGAGCCUCGCAGUUGCAUUUACAUUUUUCUAUUGUCUGAGCAUUUUACCUUUUUUAUUUAUAUAUAACAAUAAUAUCUAUGUCGUUUUACAAUCGCAGUAUUUGUAAGCUAAUUUAUCUUCAUUCCUUUUUUCUUUGUUAAAAUUUAUUUUAGCGCCACGCCUUUACACUUCACGAGAUAAAUCCCAAACUUUAUUCUGGGAUUUCUUUUGUGACACAGUUAAUGUAUAAUGUUUACCACGACCAAUAAUAUUUCUAUGAAGUUAAAAAAAUGUGUGCUAUCGAUUGCCGAUUACAUUGGUAAAGUAAACAUGAUUAUGCGCGAAUGAAUGACCAAGCAGUAAUUUAUAUUCGAAAUACUGUAUAGAGAGGCGCAUUGUUAUGUGUAUCGUUGUUGUACUUUAUAUAUUAUACAGAUAAUCGAAACUUAUACCAUAAAUUUGCACAAUAUGUAGUCGUUACAUGCGCGUAUGAUGAGUCCUGAUCUUUAUGAAGUACGAUAUCGUCGACUGUUUGAUUCAAUCGAAAAGACACUGUGCCUUGUGUGACGUUAAAAGAUAAAUAUAUUCAGUAAGCUAAUUUAGCUACAUUAUUACAAUUUUACCAGAGACGAUCUGAGCUAUUUUUUUGUACUUAGAGAAAUAUACAUAUAUUUAUAAAAUAUUCUUUCUAUAUUGAAAAGAAGAUGUUAAUUGACUGGUUUGUACGACUCUGCUCGAAACGACAAAUAUUCCUAGUUUUAAAUUAUAACAGUGGUUUACACAAGGUGUAACUAAAAACAUAGGCAUUAAAAUUAUUGUAACAUCUAAACAACAGUUUCAAAAAGUAAAAAAAAAGGAUUUUAAUAACUGACAUGCUUAAACUAUAUAAUUAUAACGAAAAAGAUAAAAAUAGCAUAGAUAAAUCCUCCGUUUCAAAAAUUUACAUAAUUAUAUGACAUAACAUUCUCUACUGAACGAAAAGAAAAACAUAAACAAUGGUCAAUAGAAAGUGGAAAAAGAUAACCUGUGAUAUUGACAUUCGCCCAUUGCCUAAUAUAACAAAAUUGGAAUGAAAUGUGUGUAUGUGUGUGUGUGUAAUAAGUCUCAUUAUCUGCAGGGUGGUCAUGAAGUUCCAUUACUCCUAAUGUGUAAUUGAAAGACUCAGUAUAAGGAUGAAACAAUUUUAUAACUUAUAAGAUCCAUUUCAGAUACAAUCUUAUACUUGAACUGAUCAUCAUAAAUUAUGGAUUGACUUCAUUCUUGCUGAAUCCAUCAGUUAUCACGUUGGAGCCCCUGCUAUAUAUAAUUUAUUUUUUUAUUAUUUAAAAAAAGACAAAAUAUAAAAAAAAUAUAAAAAAUUCUAAAAAACAAAAAUAUAAAAUCCAAUCAUAACAAAUUAACAGUCUCCAUAACUUUUGUAAUGGAAAGUAACAUUGCCACACGAAGUUCUAUGAGAGGACAUUUGUAUUAUUUAUUGAUUAAAAAUAAGUGCACAAAGAGAAUAUAAGAAAAAUAAAAAAAAGUAAUAUUUAUGAGAAUGUUUAACUAUAUGAGGAGUAAAGGAAUUUUAAGACCGCCCCGUAUAAUUCACUCCGAUACUCACGUACAGUAUUUAUAUGAGUUUCCUCAGCACGAUAUCGUAACACAAUAAAUACGUUUAGAUUCUAUCGAUCCUCGUUAGAUUUUUAAUUAUGUCGAAACAGAUAUAGGCAAAGUACAUAUAUAACAGAUAUAGGCAAAGUACUGUACAUAUGCACGAUUGUACGUUCAUACACAUGUACAUAUAUGUACCCUACGAUUAACUGGGACAAAUUUAAUGUGGAUCUUUAUAACGAAUAUGUAUGGAAGAAUGCGAGCGCGGUCUUAAAUAAGACUUGUUCAAAAUUAAGCUCUCUACUGUGGUGUGUAUAUAAUCGAUAAUAUAUUUUUCUAUUGUCAAUGUA